CCUGCUCGGCGGCGGAGGCGGCGGCGGCGGCAGCGGUUGUCCCUGCCUCUCCGCCACCUCCACUCCCGGCUGGCGGCGUUGGCGGGGAGGGGGACAGUAGUUUGUAGACGCCCGCCCCUGCCUCGGAGAAGGUACCACGUAGAAUGAACAAAGAUUGAACUACUACACUAUGAGGUAGGCUGAAAAUAAAAGGAAUGUGUCCUAAAGCCCAGCUUUUUAAAUGUAGAAGGUGAAUGGGAGUGGAAUAUUGUACAAAUAUAGAUUUUGUAAUCUCUGCAUCAUGAUUGUUGGCUCCCCAGUUGUGGCACAGUCUCGCUAUGUGGGGAAAGUUCAUGCUAAAAAACUGAAGCACUUAAUGGGCGAAUAUGAUCAGAAUUCUCCACCAAGUUCUCAGCAUGAUAAAGAGAAUCCCUUGUUGUCAACCUAAUGAAGCAUUCAAAGAAAACAUAUGACUCUUUCCAAGACGAACUUGAAGAUUAUAUCAAAGUCCAGAAAGCCAGAGGCUUAGAGCCAAAGACUUGUUUCAGAAAGAUGAGAGAGGACUAUUUAGAAACCUGUGGGUACAAAGAAGAGGUUAACUCCAGACCCAGCUAUAGAAUGUUUGAGCAAAGACUCCCAUCUGAAACUGUCCAGACUUACCAACGAUCAUACAAUAUUACACAAACAGUGGAAAACCCUUCACCUCAGUGGCUACCAGCUUGUGACAGCAGACUGAGACCAGACUCUCUGAGCUACUGUUGGCUCCCCAGGGACUACUCAGGAAAACCAGCACCCCUGAACCUUAGUCAGCAAGAAUAUAAUUGUGGCUCCUACAGAGUAGAAUCUGGAGUUUACAAGCACUUCUCCUUAGAAAACAAUGACAGUUCCCAUCAAGCCAGCCACAAACAGGCACAUCACAAGAGAAAAAGGCACCAGGAGGAAGACAGAGAAAAACCAGAGGAGGAGCAGCCCAAGCAUAAGAGCAAACAAAGUUAUGAAGAAAUGGAUUUAGGCAAACACAAGAGCAUCCAAAGAAAGAAAGCAGAGAUGGAAACAGUCAGUGUCAGUAAAGAAAAGCCUAAGAAUCGAAGGGAGAGAAAAACCCAAGAUGUAGCCUCUAAGAAAAAGGAACGUAAGCGUAGAAAAGAGAAAAAGGAACAAGGCCAAGAAAGGACAGAGGAGGAAAUGCUUUGGGACCAAUCUAUCCUCGGAUUUUGAAGCUGUUGAUUCGGUUCUCCCAAAGUUGAAUUGAAAAAAGUAGUUGAGGGAGUUGGUUUCAUGAAGUUUGUGUUCAUAUCGCUUUUCUUAUGUGACCCGGGACUUCAACCUCUAACAAGGGCCGAGUGAACAGAAAGUAUUUAGUGUGCUUGCUCCCCAACAUGGAAAUUACUUUUCCUUAUUUUCUAGAGGCAUUACAAUUACAUUUUUCUUACAUAUAAUGUAAUUUCCCUUAAAGAGAGUGGCUCUGCUUUUAUUCAUCAAAUUGCUACAAAAGUGGAAUUGUUUUCCCUUGGGAGAUCAAUUAUUAUAAAUUGGAGGAUUAAUAGGCUUUGAAGAAUCUAUUUCUUGAUUGGAUUUGUUUUCGUUUCGGUGGGAUAUUUUUAUUUCUGUUGGUUUUCUCUAUGAAGCAAUUUAGAUUGAUUUUUUUUCUCUGUUAGAUCUGACUUGCAGUAUAUAUUCUAGGUUGGAAAAGUGGAAAAUAAGAUACAUUAUAAUAUUAAACUUAGAUUACAUAUAGUUUUAAAAGUUAUCAAAGAGUUCUGUUACAAAAUCAGUUUAUAUUCUGGAAACAUUUAUAAUAAA